CCUGACUUUGUUUAUUCUCAAUGGAAAUUGCCUAGGAGCCAAGGUAAACUGGUCCUCCAUGGCGGCCACUAAUACAUUGACAUCUCCCUUAUCUAUACUCCGAUCCGUCCUUUCUUGGUCACCACUCUCAACUCAUAAGUCAUUGACAAGACGAAGCGACUCCAACUUGACCCUUCACACCCUCCUUGUCUCCUACAGCUUUUUUCUUUGUAUCUUCCGAUGGCACUAGUGCACUACUGAGACCCAAAAUCUCUUGCAACUUUCUCAUCCUUUCCUGCCAGAAACAUUAUUUGAGCUCUGAGUUAUAUCGUCGGUGUAGUAAUGAAGGGAAAUUCUGGCAUAUCAAAUGGAAGAGAAGGCGGUGAUGAGGUCUUUACCAUCACCCUCAGGCCUUUGGGUCUUUCUGACAUUGAUGAUUUCAUGGUUUGGGGCACAGAUGAGAAAGUAGUGUCUCGUUUCUGCACUUGGGAGCCUUAUGCUAGCAAAGAAGAGGGGCUCAACUACAUCAAGGAUAAGAUCCUCCCACACCCCUGGUAUAAGGCAAUUUGUCUUGAUGGCAGGCCGAUUGGUGAAAUUUCAGUGACCCCAAAAUGGGGAAAUGAUCGGUGUAGAGCUGAAAUUGGCUAUCUCUUGGGGUCCAAGGACUGGGGCAAAGGGAUAGCUACAAGGGCAGUGAAGAUGGUGGUUGAUACUAUUUUCAAGGAGUGGACACAUUUGGAGAGACUGGAAGCUUUCGUUGAUGUGGAGAAUGUGGCAUCACAGAGGGUCAUGGAAAAGACUGGGUUUCAAAGGGAAGGCGUUUUGAGAAAGCAUUAUAUUGUGAAAGGUAGAACUAUAGACGAGGUGAUUUUUAGUAUUCUUUCCACUGAAUGUGAAAGCUGAUUUAUGGAACCUUAUUUGGAACUCUCUUCUGGUACGCAUUUAGAUGAAUGAAGUGGAAUUGAAUCAUUGUCCUUGUCUUGUAGACUUGCUGUCAUUUUCUUUCUUCAUAACUCUCUACAUUGAAUAUUCAGAACUCAUGUUAUCAAAUCCUAACCAUAUUCUUUACAUUUAGUAUCAAUCGUAACCUUCAUGCUAGAUCAGAGAUUCGAUAUCCAAAUUGUGAGGAGUGUAUUAGAAUUAGGUGCUAGAUUAUGGGUUCCAUACCCCUCCAAUACCAAAAACACAACCAUAUUUUUUACUUUAAUAUCAAGAAUUAAGAUUAAAAGAUUGAAUUUUAAGUGUUUUAAAUCUCAACUCUUAAAUCUUGAAAUUAAAUUUAAGGGUGGGUGAUCACAACAUACUUAAUUACUAAAAUUAAAUGAUGUAAACCCAAAUAUAAACUUUCGUAGAAGUGGUCUCCCACAUUAUCGUUUUCCUUUGUAGUUUUUAUUUGCUCCUCUUAAUUACAAAAUUCUUAAUUACUAAAUUUAAAUGAUGUCAAUAUUAUGUAUGGUUCAUUUCAUAAAACCAUUAGUGUGGAAACCCUUGUCCACUCUCUCUCUUAACGCUAGGGUUCGCAUAAAAGUUGGCUUGCCUCCGUCCGACGGCGCGUCCAUGGACGCCGUCGUCGGACGGGAUUUGGUGCUUGGUGAAUGCGGCUCCUCUGGUCGGGUUGUCUUCGCUCCUGAUCGAGGGGAUCGGUGGCCCGUAGUAGGAGAGAUCAGGUUCGCUAGGAGGGUUUGGUUCAGUUUCUGCAGGUCGGAGUUUCGGGUCAGAUUGGCGGCUGGAAGCGUGACUGGUGGCGCUGGUUUGGUGGAGAAGAAGGCUGGGGAGGCAGGCUUCGCGGCGGCUUGUUUUUUGGUUGGGCGGAGAUGGUGGUGUUUGAUAAACUUCUGGAUUAUUGGGGUGCGGACCAGGGAAUGCCGGCGGUGGAUUGACCGGGGUGGGGGUGAGCCGGUAGUGGAGCAGGCGUCUUGGGGUGGUUGUCUAGAAACUCCCUUCUUUCCUCGUCUGAUCCAGAUCCGUCACCGGAGGCGCGACAACGAUGAGAGGAUGCUGGUGGGACUAAUGCAGAAGCUGGGCUGGGCCCGAUCUGGUGACUGUAAUUUUCAUGCUACUUGGGCUGAUGGUUGGGUAUGGGCUCAACUUUUGGGCCUUGCCCUAGUUGUUUUUUUCUAUAUAGUUGUUUUUUAUUUUUGUUGGUUAGUUUGGUUGCGCAUUUUGCGAGUAAUAAGUCCCUACACUUGUUGUGUAGAGCUAGUUGGGCUGUGUGCCUGUGUGUGCACUCAAUGUGCCUUGUCUGCUCUAGGUAGGCAGCGAAUUCCUUGCUUCGUCAAAUGGUCGCUACCCCCUAGUGGCAGGGUGAAGCUAAGUGUUGUCGGAUUUAUCAUCUGGCGACAACAUAGUAGGAAAGCUGUGCUUAUAGUAAUUAUGCUACGUUGUAAUCGGGUUACAUAUCGAGCUAUCUUUCUGUUAUGUCAAAGCAAAUAGAGUAGCCAAUAGAACACUCUUUGCUA